AUGAGGCUAACAAAGACCACAAAGUCGGCUGUCGUCAUCGCAGCAACAUGUAUUGCGGGCAGCUCGGCCGAGGCGGCACAGACUGUUGGCUUCAUCAUCGAGCUUGAAACAACCGCCGCGUCUGUUAUGUCAGAAGUGCAUUCCAGCUUCCACCGUCGUGCCGCGUCACUGCUGAACACUUACACCGUCCGUCACGAGUUCACCAAUACAGACUAUUUCUUCGGGCUGUCCAUCGAAGGGGCGGAAGAAGCCGAUAUCUCUGCGCUUCAAGAACUGCCCGAGGUUAAGAGAAUCUGGCCAAAUCGUGUCCAUGAUCGACCUAUGCAAUAUGGAAUGGAGGCCACCAACUCCUCGUCAUCACCGCUGCUCGAGAACCCAACAAGAUCUCGAUUUUUACAACCGCGAAACUCCACAACCACUCCACUGCCUCACAUCAGUGGCACCAGCGAUGUCAACUCGUCACUCAAGAUGGUUGGUGUGGAUGAACUGCAUAAGCUCAAUAUCACUGGCAAGGGAGUCAAGAUUGGAAUCUUGGACACUGGCAUCGACUACACUCAUCCAGCACUUGGUUCUGGAUUCGGUCCAGGCUUCAAAGUCGCGGGAGGCGCCGACUUGGUCGGUGACGAUUACACUGGCAUGAACAUGCCGGUCCCAGAUCCGGAUCCUCUCGCCAAGUGUCUCGAGGGUGGCCACGGCACACACGUGGCAGGCAUCAUCGGCGCCGAGGACCCAGAAGGGGUCGGCUUUGGCUUGAUCGGCGUGGCGCCUGGAGCGGGCUUGUACAUGUACCGUGUUUUUGGCUGUUUUGGCUCCGUCACGGACGAUGUCAUCAUGGCCGCCCUCCAGCGGGCCGGCGAAGAUGGCGUGGACGUCAUCAGCAUGUCUCUUGGCUACGACUCUAUUUGGGAGGCCGGCAGCCUGUACGAGCCUAUCUUCAACGCUCUAGCCGCCAAGGGUGUAGGCGCUGUUGUGGCUGCUGGUAACUCCGGCGGCCGUGGCCCAUACUUCGCCAGUGAACCGUCACUGAAUCCGAGUGUCAUCAGCGUGGGCAGUGCUGGUAACAUCAACUUUGCGACGCUAUACAACGCUGUGGACUCGCAGGGGAAAGAAGUCGAAUAUGCCAGCAUCAUUCCACUCGAGGACUCGGGUGUCCAUCACGUGGCUACCAUCACACCAGAGCCAUCUUGGUGUACGCUCAAUGACAUGAAGCAGGCGGUCGAGCCGUUCACGGACAAGAAGAAUGUGAUACUCCUUGUACCAAACAGACUUGGCUGCUAUGCUUUUGCGCAGUUCUCAAAGGAGACUGGUGUGACUCAAAUCUGGCAAGACACUCCUGAUGGAGUUGACUUUCGUGUUGAGCCUCCUGGGGCCGCGUACACUCUUACUCCCAUCAGUUCGAAAACGCUAGACAUGAUGAUGGAAGGCGUGGCCCAGGAUGGGAGAAAUUACACCCUGUCUUUCAAGGACAGGGCUGUCCACGAUGCCGAGCAGCCAACAAAGGGGACAAUGAGUUCAUUCUCCUCAUUUGGCCCUACCAUGGAAAUGUCGCUGAAACCCCAGCUUACGGGCAUUGGUGGAAAUAUCCUCAGUACCUGGCCGACUACAGACGGCACGGGUUAUGCCAUCAUUAGCGGGACGUCAAUGUCGACGCCAAUGAUGGCUGGUAUCUACGCACUGGUCAAGGAGACGAACCCCCACCUCUCCCCACGAGAGAUCAAGGAAAGAUUGCAGACGACUUCGCGCCCACUCUCAGAGCUGGCCGAUCAGAGCCUCUUGUCAACCCCUGCUCAGCAAGGGGCGGGCCUGGUUGAUGCCUUGAGGGCGGUACAGUCCAUCGGAACAUCGGUCUCGCCAUCCGAGCUGAGUCUCAGAGACUCGGCCACUGCUUCAACGCGAAAGAUUACCAUUGAGAACCACUCUGCCAACACACAAACCUACGUGAUCGGACACAAGGGAGCCGCGGCAGUCGACGCGGUGCCUCAGUUCCACGUCGAGAAUAAGAAUAACAUCUGGAGAUGGGUAGCCAAUGCGGCUGGAGCAUACGCGUCGUCUGAGGCGUUGCCAAAGUCCGUGGAAAUUGCCGCUGGAGCAAAGGCUACCGUCGAAGUCACCAUCACGCCUCCCAAGGGAUUGGAGAUAUCAAAGAUGCCGCUUUACGGAGGCUAUGUCACCAUCAAGUCGUCACAAGGACAGGAGUGGUCCGUCCCGUACAUUGGGGUGCCCUACAGCCGUGCCGAGCAGGACACGCUCGCCACGACCGACGAGACACUUUUCAAACCGGUUGACCAGCCCGAACCGCCUGCCGGAGUCCCGGUGCUGCCGUACCUCUUCAACUCGAAUAGCCGCAAGCGUAAUAUCGGCAUAGACACAUACACAUUCGGAGGCGGCGACGGUGUGGCCAUGAGAGCAGUGAUCGUCCAACCUUCUGCAUACAUGCGGAUUGACGUGGUCGCUGCCAACGUCGACUUUAACGCGACACAUCCCGGCUUUGACAAGGAGGAGGUGCACGACCUAAGGCAGCCAAAAGGGCUGGACCUGGAGACACUAGAUAACGAGAUUGGGGUGAGGUCGUACGGAGCGCUCCAGACAAUUGUCGGCGGCCACAACAUGCCCAAGUUCCCUUACAACGAGUGGUACUGGAGGGGGUAUGGAGAUUACGGCCUGUGGUGGACGGACGGCGUUGUAGGGUUGAUGAACGGGACAACGUACGCGGUCCCUGACGGCGACUACCGGAUUUUGAUCCGGGCUCUGCGCUUCGGGCAGGAUGUGAACAAGGCCGAGAGCUACGAGAGCUGGCUAAGUCCAGUUGUCAGGGUCGAGAAGGCUGGGUCGGUCUGA